AUGUUCUUAGCGACGCGCCAGCUGUUUCUUCUGGGAACAGCUGUGAGUCUUCUGCUACUACUGUGGUACACGCAGAGAAUCUUUGUAUCACGCGACCGAGAGACUUGGACGGUUUGGCGGCCAGCCACAGCCCUGACACCAACACCGACACCAACACCGACACCAACAACAACGCCGGUUGAGCUAGUCCCAACUAUCCCCAAGUCUUCCGUACAGAGUGCAGGCAAUAGCACACUAGGUUUUCAAUCCAUCCUCACACUUUCCACCGGCCCUUCAUGGCGCACGAGAGGAUUACUAGCCGCAGCAAAUCUGACGGGAUUGGAUAUUCAGAUUCCACCGCAGCCGCCAAUCAACCCCAAUCUCGUCGAUGCGUUCGAGCACUUGGGGCCUGACGAUGUCCAACACCCAAGCCAUGGUGCAAGUAUCGCCUGGCUGGCGCAUCUUGAUUUGAUUAAACACACCAUCCAAGCGAACCUAGAUACAGUCCUCAUCAUCGAAGACGACGUCGACUGGGAUGUGUCCAUCCGGUCGCAGAUGGUCCAAAUUGCGGAAAGUGUACGCAACCUAACCCAUGUCGAUGAUCUUGACCAGGAUCCCGCACCGUACGGCCGGGACUGGGAAGUCCUCUGGAUCGGCCAUUGCGGUGAGUACUGGGAAGAGCAGUUCGAAACGAUUCUAUAUGACGAUCCCACUGCUUGUCCCCACAGCGACUAUUUCGGCUGGGCAAAGCAGUACAUCGACCGUUUGCCGGACCGUCAACGCGCCGUCUACCGGUCAUUUAAUCCUGUGUGUUCAUUUGCAUAUGCCUUGUCCCGAGAGGGCUCUCGGAAGGUAUUAGAACUGUUGGGUGGGGCACAAGACGAGGCCUUCGAUGUGAGUAUGAUGCAUGCUUGUAAGGCGGGUCAUCUCAGGUGUAUCUCCGUUGUGCCCGAGGUUGUGCAUCAGUAUUUUCCAGCCCAGUCAUUUGGUGUGAAAAGUGCUGUUGAUAUCGGCAAUGGUCAAGAGCCUGGUCCGGAGGAAGCAGAAUUUGAACAUGUAAUGGGGUCGACGGAGAAUAUUCUUGACAGUGCACGGUGUCGUGCAUUAUGGGGCCAGCCAUGCUUGAGGAAGGAGUGA